UUUUCUUUAGAAAAAUGUUCUUUUUCUCCUGGAGUUCCAUCAGAGGAAUGCAGAAGAAGAUAAAGUUCUCUGUGAUCAGCUCCUCCAGUCAUGAAGAUCAUUUCAGCGCCAAAGAGCUGCUGGUUCAUGCACCCACAGUCAGGGGCUGGAGGUCCAGCAGGUUGAGCUCCUUUCCUCAGCACGUCACCAUCCAGCUGGAGCAGAGGAGCCGGAUCCGGAAACUGCAGCUGCUGGCCCACCAGUUUCUGAUCCCUACCAAGGUCGAGUUUCAUGUUGGAGACAUCCUGCCGUACAGCGGUUCUUCAGAGCUGCAGCUGCGGAGGCUCGGGUACGUCUCCAUGUCGGACAACGAGAGGACAGGGUUCCGGCCCCGAGAGCUGAAGUCGGUCCAUGUGGAUGCUGUUGGAACGUUCCUGAAGAUCAGCCUCUACAGGAACCAUGCCAACCGUUUCAACCACUGCAGUCAGUUAGGGCAGUGUUAUGAUGCUCAGCCAAGUCACAAAAAUCCCCACGGGCAACCAAAAGAUAAACUCCAAUGCAUGAUGGGAAUGCAGGUGGACGUUUCAGUUGCGGACCAGCAGGUGGUGCCUUUGUCUCAGUGCUGCUGCGUGUUCCUGAGUGUGAGGCUGUCAUGGUUUCUUUGGUUGCCAUCAAUGUUCUGGGUGAGGCUUUGGAUGGCGCCAUCAGCUGGAGGCGUGUGUGAGCCCAUGUCCCCCCUGGACGACUUGGCCUUUGACAUGUACCAGGACCCUGAAGUUGCCUACAUCAUCCAAAUCCUGGACCAGAAGAAGCAGGACGUGGUCCACCAGGAGGACUUUGAGCAGGCCAAGAUGCUCAAGCAGGCCAUCGCUGACCUGCAGCAGGUGGGAGAGCGUUUAGCCCGAUAUGACAUGGAGAAGAGAUGUGCCAUAGAGAAAGAAGACUACGACUUGGCCAAGAAGAAGAAAGAAGUGAUGAUGGAGCUCAGGAGGAACAUCUACCAGCAGCUGGAAGUGCACGGCCUGCUCGACAUGUCCACGGUGCAGCAGGAUGAACAUCGCUGUGGCAACGCUCGUCCCCCCCCUCCUCUGAGGUCUCCAGGUCAUCAUGGAGCCCCCGAGCCUGAUGUGUCUGCAGAUGCCUUCAGGAACGAAGCAGGAGACGAUGAAGAGAAGGAGCCAUCGGACGACCGUCACAGACCAGCUGAUGCUCCUCCCUCCACCGCCGGCGCCCCCAGGACUGAUGUACUCAAUGAGGAAAGGCCACUGCCGACCCUUCAGAGGAAAGACUGGGCAGCAGAGAACCUCCAAAGCUCUGGACCUCAUGCUGAGAGGACUCCAGCCAGCUCAGGGAGGAGCGUGCAGCUCCUGUCUGAGAGAGCGCUGAGAGAGGCCGGCCCUGCAGCCGACAUCUAUGGAGAAAGCCCGGUGGCAGAAGCCUUUUCCAGAACCUGGUAUCAGCGGGAACAAGCUCUGCUAGCUGUUCACAACAAGCUGCUGGAGGCGACCUCCACCUCCUCCAAGGAGGAGCUGAGAAACAUGAUCAGAGCUGCAGGCCUGCUGACGAGGAGAGCCCUGCUGGAUAAAGUCACCUUGGUCUUCUACGCCUCACUGAAGCUGCUGCGGUUAAUCCUGAUCUAUAUAAUCCCAGAUGUGGGACUGGGCCGGGCGGAGGCAGCCCACUGCUUACAGCAGACGUUUCCUCACCUGCUCCAGAGGACCGGAGAUGCCGCAGGCCGUCCCCGUGCUGCAGCCAUCGCCUUCAUACAGGUGAUGUUCCCUCACUGUUUUCACUCCAACAUGGUCUCUAGAGUCUUUAAGUGUAUAAAACCUCUGAAGUUCAGUAGGAAGCAGUAGCGGUUUUAGGAACAAGCAGUACAGGCGGCUGCAUGGGGCGGCAAUCCAAAGGGACCGCCAGCUCAGCGCAUCAUGGUGAAAAAAAAAUCUGCACCACUAAUGUUUUCUAUUUUCUGUUAUACCAUGGUCCGGGUGAAUACUCGAUUCUGAUUGGCUGCUGAGUGUGGAUUAAAAAGUGUUAUA